AUGGAUAGAUCCUGCCUUACAAGGCUGCCAAAGCGACGAGAGCAGAUAUCAUCUCUGACACAUGCAACUGAAUUAUUGGCCGUGACUAUUUUAAGAAAUAUUUUGGGUCAAUAUACAUUGUCAGAUCUAUUGACAAACCGUGAAUCAAUCAGUCAAGCGGUUCGUAAAGAAAUAGAUAAUGGAACAGUAGAGUGGGGCGUCGAAGUGGAACGAGUAGAAAUAAAAGAUGUAAUCUUACCAUACGAAUUGCAAAAAGCUUUGGCUGCGGAAGCCGAGGGUACGCGUAUCGCUAAAGCAAAAAUCAUAGAAGCUGAAGGUGAAAUAAAAGCAGCAGAAAACCUUAGAGAUGCCUCGAAGAUUAUUAUGCAAAAACCUCAAACUAUACUUGUAUGA